AUGGUGAAUCUCACCAUUGAAGAUCUUCUAAGUCACCGGAGCGGUGUCGCACCCUAUGAUGGUCUAUGGCUCAGUUCAGAUAACCAAAUCCUUAUGAAUCGUUCGGAAGCAAUCCCAAUCUUGAAUUAUGCUCCUGCCGCUAGCGCCUUGCGCACUGAGUUCAUCUACAAUAACAUCGCAUACGAAGUUCUUGGUCAAAUUCUUGAGAAAUCGACUGGCUCCACCUACUCAGAGCUACUUCAUACACGCAUUAUCGAGCCACUGAACUUGAAUCGGACAUUCUAUGCUGAAGAACCCAUCGAUAAUAAUACCGCCAAAUCCUAUAUGACAUUGAAGGACGGCUCUUUCUAUGAGGUUCCGCCAUGGGGAUAUGGCAAAGAUUUAUUGAUUGGAGCGGCGGGCGCAAUUCGUAGCUCUGUCAGCGAUCUUCUGGCUUUAUACAAAGUUCUAAUCAACGACGCAAACUCUCAAGUAGCCCAGAAGUCUAUGCCAGGAGCCAAACAUGCCAUUUUUAAGCAGAUGCCACAGCUUUUACAAGGAAAAGUUGGCGUACCCAAUCAAUUUUUAAGAGAAUACAGUUAUGCUUCAGGGUGGCUUCGGGCACAAUUCCCUGCCAUUGUCGAUUUAUUUGCCGAUUAUGAACCACCACUUCUAGGCAAUGUGUCAGCCUCGCGUCUCAUGAUUCAUCAUCAAGGGUACAUCGCUGGAAAUGUCGGCUAUGUUGCGCUGUUUCCAGAAACCACGACUGCCGUCGUGGUUCUAGGGAAUUCUGCCGGAUUGACUGACGCUAUGAGACUUCUAGGCCAAAUCAUUGUGGAAACUGUUCUAGGAAACGAGGUUGAUGCGGACAAUACCUGA